GAGUCUACGACUUCCCAACACGCCCUUAAGCCUUUCUGACACUGGUUCUGACGACGAGAACGAGACUGCGUCCAGCGUCAACGACGCCGAGGAAACAUGGAGCGACUGGGUCUCCGACUCGAUGUCCAAGCAGCCUUGUCAAUCUCUCUUCGAAGACAAAACCUUGCCAUCAGUCUCUGAAGCCCUCGAGUACGAUAAGAAUACGCAUGGUUUUGAUUUGAAUGCUCUCUGCUCGAAGCUCGCGCUGGAUUUUCAUGGGCGUAUCAGGUUGAUCAACUUUAUACGGAGAUCGAAACCUCCUGCGGCGAAUGCGUUAGCCCUGACCGGGAAGGAGUCAUUCUUUUCUUCGGAUGAGUUCUUGCGCCCGGUUUUAGAGGACGAUCCGUUACUUUUGAACGACACAUCCGACGACUGGUCCGACGACGACGAGCCCGAUGCCGGUCCAUCCUCCAGCCAGAUUGAUCCUUCUAGACGAAUCGCCCUCCUCGAGCGUAAGCUACAGCAAGCCAAACAGGACCUUGCCGACUACAAGGCCCUUGUCAGUCAAAGGCUCGACCUUUCCCGUCUUCAAGACGCCAUGAGAGAACCUUCCGGCUCUUCGAAAGUAGUUGAGCGGGAUGAUGACUCUCACUACUUCCAGUCAUACGGCCAGAAUGAUAUUCACGCGGUGAUGAUUCAGGAUAGCGUGCGCACAUCCACCUAUGCCUCAUUUAUUCUCCAGAAUCCGGAGCUUUUCCGUGACGCCAUUGUGCUGGACGUCGGCUGUGGCACUGGUAUUCUCUCCUUGUUUGCUGCUCGGGCGGGGGCGAAACGUGUGAUCGCGGUGGACGCGAGCGAUAUCGCGAAAAAAGCCAAGCAAAUUGUGGAGACCAACGGACUGCAGGAUACCAUCACUGUCGUCCAGGGGAAAAUCGAAGAUAUAACACUGCCAGAUGGUAUCGAGAAGGUCGACAUUAUCGUUUCGGAGUGGAUGGGUUACGCGCUACUGUAUGAGAGCAUGCUGGACUCAGUCUUGCGUGCGAGAGAUAGAUUCCUCAAGCCUGGAGGCGUCAUGGCCCCCAGUCAGUGUAGGAUGAUGUUGGGGUUGUGUGAGGCGACAGAUAUUUACAAGGAGAGAAUAGGAUUUUGGAACGAUAUCUAUGGCUUCGAUUUGUCUGCUAUGGGAGAGGAAGUCUACCUCGACUCUGUCGUCGACGUCGUAGGCCCCGAAACCCUCAUCAGCGAGCCGUAUCCCGUCAAGGAUCUCUACAUUCGCGACAUCCAACCUCGUCAACUCGAUUUCGUAUCCUCCUUCACCCUCACGUCCAACUCUGAUCGGCGCACCAAAGUCCACGCUCUCGUCCUCUACUUCGACACCUUCUUCCAUCCCUCCGGAGAUCGCCUGCCCAUCGAUACUCCGGUACACAUCACGAAAGAAGGCGGCGGUUCUCUCGCCGAAGUGUGGCCUCUGGGCGGGAAGCCCGAUAUCGUGCGAAGGAAGAGUCAGAGCGUGCAGAGGAGGACGAGCGAGGGUCCGGGGAAACCGGAGAGGAGGGCGAGUCAGAGUCCGAAGACGAUGAGCUUCAGUACGGGCCCGGAGAGCGUGCCGACGCAUUGGAAGCAUACACUGUUUCUGUUACGGGAUCCGAUCGUUGUUGAGGAAGGGAAUGUGGUUACGGGAACCUUCCACUGCAAAAAGAGCGAAGACAACUCAAGAGAGCUGGACGUCGAGAUCCAUUAUACGACAAAGGCAAGCGCGGAUGUUGAGGCUUCGGGAGAUGUCGUGGUACAAAUAUUCAAGGUACGGUAGAUGAAGGUCGAGGUUAUAGACUAAGUACUAUGUGAAGUUGCCACUUUGUUGUAUUUUGAACUUGUCCGCGAACUUUUACCAUUCCACUUGC